ACUUCCGUAUCUGCAACCCUAUGCAACACUGCCGCCUUUAUUGCAAUUUUAUUUAGGAACCGAACGCGACGCGAAGUCUGCAAAAUGUGUAAGUCGCGCGGAUCAGACUGAACGUACGGACCGAUCGCUGUGCUACGUGCUACCCGAAGAGGCGAUCUGGCAAACCGCAGCCUCUGCUUAAACCGCAGCCAAUGCAAACGCAAAUGCGGGCGUGAAUUGCACCCAUACACGCACAGGGAUUGGAUUUGGACUGGGAUUUGAGCCCGAACCCCUCUCGCGAAAACACAGACACCUGGACACAUACGCCACCCGCACCCGCAGCCGCACCCACACCCGCGAACACACAAUGUCUCACCUACCUGCGCCUCUGUACGGCUUCGCGGCGUUCUUCAUGAUUUUCUGGUUGGGCACUUGGAUGGUCCAUGUGAUAGCCAUCUGCUAUGGCCGCUACAAGCUGCACAAGAAGUCCUGCAAACUGCCCACGGAGGCCCAGCCUCUUCCCGGUGUCUCGAUCCUGAAGCCACUAAUGGGCGUGGAUCCCAACCUGCAGCACAACCUGGAGACAUUCUUCGCCAUGGACUACCCCGUCUACGAGCUGCUAUUCUGCGUUGAGGACAAGGAGGACCCUGCCAUUCAGCUGGUGGAACGGCUGCUGGCCAAGUACCCUCUGGUGGAUGCCGCCCUCUUCGUGGGCGGGUCAGAUGUGGGUGUGAACCCCAAAAUCAACAACAUUCAUCCUGGAUACAUGGCUGCCAAGUACGACUUCGUGAUGAUCUCGGAUAGCGGCAUCAAGAUGAAGGAUGACACUCUGCUCGACAUGGUUCAGAACAUGUCCGAGAAGCACGCACUCGUCCACCAGAUGCCCUUCACCUGCGACCGUGAUGGAUUCGCGGCCACCUUCGAGAAGGUGUUCUUCGGAACGGUGCAGAGCAGAAUCUAUCUGUCGGCGGACGUGCUGGGCAUUAACUGCCACACGGGCAUGUCCUGCCUCCUGCGGAAAUCGGUGAUCGAUCAGCUGGGGGGACUGAAGGCGUUCGGCUGCUACCUGGCGGAGGACUUCUUCAUUGCCCGCGAAGUGACCCGGCUGGGCUGGAAGAUGCGCAUAUCGAACCAACCAGCGCUGCAGAACAGUGGCCUCUGCGACAUCGGCAGCUUCCAGGCACGCCUCAUCCGCUGGGCCAAGCUGCGCGUUGCAAUGGUGCCCACCACCAUCCUGCUGGAACCACUCUCAGAGUGCAUGAUCCUUGGGGCCCUGGCCGCAUGGUCUGCCUCGCUGCUCUUCAGCUGGGACCCGGUGGUGUUCUACCUUGUACACGUGCUCUGCUGGUUCUUGUCCGACUGGCUCCUGCUCUCCAUCGUGCAGCACGGCUCGAUGCCGUUCCACAAGUUCGAAUUCGUCGUGGGAUGGCUCUUCCGGGAGCUGACCGGACCCUACUUGUUUCUGCACGCCCUGUGGAACCCGGCGAUCCGCUGGCGCACACGCACCUACAAGCUGCACUGGGGCGGCAUCGCCUACGAACUGAGCAACGCCGCCACCCCCGAGGCGCCACCACCGGCGCCAACGUUAUCGGAGGGAUCCGGCGGACCGGGCGGAUCGGACGAGGGAUCACUGGAAGCCACUACCAAGCAGCGACUGCUGGUCUCGUAGCAGCAACUAGUUAAGUUUGUUAUUUUGUACUUGUGAGCGAUAGCCACUCGUCGGCAGGCGGCAGGAGUCUGGAGUAGUAUUAUUAGCCUGAACCUUAGUCACUACGUAAGCCUAGACUUAGACUGCUGUACAAAGAGCGGAUGCACAUCCUCCACUCCGCCUGGAACUGAAUCAACUGGACGAGAGAGGCGUGGUGGCGGGGGGACAGACCUAGAUUAGAUUAUAGACACUGAUUAGAUCGGUUUAGAGAUCGCGAUGGACGGGACGGGAGAUCGAGACGGAUAGCUGUGUGAGAAGAGCGGCGGCACAGCGCCCAGCGGCCCAGCCAGGCACAGUUUGGUGGCUUCGUGGAAACUGGUUAAGAGCGCUUUGUGUAUAUAUUAUAUCACAUGCACAUAUACGUGUAUUUUUUUUUUAGCCAGCCUGUACAGACGAGAAUGCUCUGCUAGUUAGCCCUAUGUUCGAGUAAGUUCACCCUCGCUUCAGUUGUUGCUUUAUUGAAUUGUAAUUAUUUAUUUUUGGCCAAGCACCCGUAGUUGUAUUGUUAUCGCCUAAGCCCUACUAUACUUUAUGCCUAGUUUUAGUUGAAUUUUUGUGUUUAACUUUUGCCACAGCCUCUGUACAUAAGCUAUAAGCUCCGAAGGGGAAUGCCAUUGAAUAAAUCAGAUCAAAUCGAA